AGAGUCAGUUGUGUAAUUAUUAAAGAUAAGCUAAAAUAAUGGCAUUUCUGUGCUUCUCAUUUUUGUUAGUUGGGUUUCUAUCAAAAUCAUUUCUUGUGGAUGCUCAGCUCAAUGACCAAGCUACAUUGUUAGCCAUUAACAAAGAGCUGGGUGGUGUAGCAGAUUGGGGUGACAACAACACCGAAUACUGCAACUGGGAAGGCAUUCAUUGUGGUUUGAACCAUUCCUUUGUUGAAAGACUUGAUCUUUCUCGGCGUAUGCUUAGAGGUAAUGUUACUCUAAUCUCCAAUCUUAAAUCAUUGAAGCAGCUUGACCUUUCUUAUAAUAACUUAAACGGACCGAUUCCUUCAGCAUUGGGAAAUUUGUCAGACCUUGAAUAUCUUGAUUUGUCAUUAAAUAAGUUUGAAGGUUAUAUUCCAGUGGAGUUUGGUGGUCUUAGAAACCUUAGAUCAUUGAACUUGUCCAAUAACUUACUUAUAGGAGAGAUACCUGAAGAACUUCAAGGCCUAGAAAAGUUGCAGGACUUUCAUAUUUCUAGCAAUAGAUUGAGUGGUUCUAUUCCACAUUGGGUAGGCCGUUUGACCAAUUUGAGAGUUUUUACAGCCUAUGAGAACCAAUUAGGCGGUAAGAUUCCUGAUAAUCUAGGCUUGGUUUCUGAACUUAAAUUGCUGAACCUUCAUUCAAACCAGCUUGAUGGGCCAAUACCGAAGAGCAUUUUUGCCAUGGGGAAGCUGGAAGUUUUGGUUCUGACUCAGAACGGACUUACUGGUGAUCUUCCUGAAUCAAUUGGUAACUGCGGAGGCCUUUCUAGCAUUCGAAUUGGGAAUAACAAACUUGUUGGUGUGACUCCCAAGACAGUUGGAAAUGUUAGUAGCCUCACAUACUUUGAAGCAGAUAAUAACAAUCUGUCUGGUGAAAUUGCCUCAGAGUUUGCUCAGUGUACUAAUCUUACACUCCUAAAUUUAGCCUAUAAUGGAUUUACUGGGAUAAUUCCUUCUGAGAUCGGACAACUUAUGAAUCUACAAGAGUUGAUUCUUUCUGGAAACAGUCUGUUUGGAGAUAUUCCAAGAUCAAUUCUUGGGUGCAAGAAUCUUAACAAGCUCGAUUUAAGCAACAACAGGUUUAAUGGUACCAUACCAAAUGAAAUUUGCAAUAUGACAAGAUUGCAGUACUUGCUCUUGGGUCAGAAUUCAAUCAAAGGGGAAAUCCCUCAUGAGAUUGGAAAUUGUGUGAAACUGCUUGAAUUGCAGCUUGGGAGCAACUAUUUGACUGGAAGUAUUCCACCUGAUAUUGGUCGUAUUCGCAACUUGCAGAUAGCUUUAAAUUUGAGCUUCAAUCAUCUUCAUGGUCAACUGCCUGCAGAAUUAGGGAAACUGGACAAGUUGGUUUCUCUGGAUGUCUCCAGUAACCAGCUUACUGGUAAUAUUCCACCAGCAUUUAAGGGCAUGUUGAGCUUGAUUGAGGUUAAUUUCUCAAAUAAUCUGCUUUCUGGCCCUAUACCCACAUUUGUACCAUUCCAGAAGAGUCCAAAUUCAAGCUUCCAAGGAAACAAAGGGCUCUGUGGGGAUCCAUUGAGCUUCUCUUGUGCAAACUCUAUUGUUUCUGACCGGGCAAACUACCACCAUCGGGUAUCUUACAGGAUUAUACUAGCUGUUAUUGGUUCUGGUCUUGCAGUUUUUAUAUCAGUCACUGUAGUGGUUCUGCUCUUUAUGAUGAGGGAGAGACAAGAAAAGGCAGCAAAAAGUGCAGGCAUUGUAGAUGAAGGAACCAGUAGCCGACCAACAAUAAUAGCUGGGAAUGUGUUCGUUGAGAAUCUCAGGCAGGCUGUAGAUCUUGAUGCUGUAAUCAAAGCCACUUUAAAGGAUUCAAAUAAGAUCAACAAUGGGACUUUCAGCACUGUUUACAAGGCAGUUAUGCCUUCUGGAUUGGUUUUGUCAGUGAAGAGGCUGAAGUCCAUGGACAGAACCAUAAUUCAUCACCAGAACAAGAUGAUUAGGGAGCUCGAAAGACUAAGCAAGCUCUAUCAUGAUAAUCUUGUACGACCUAUUGGUUUUGUCAUCUAUGAAGAUGUUGCUCUUCUGUUGCAUCAAUAUUUACCCAAUGGAACACUAGCUCAACUUCUUCAUGAGUCCUCAAAGCAGUCAGAAUAUCAGCCUGACUGGCCCAGAAGACUAUCUAUUGCCAUUGGUGUAGCCGAAGGGUUGGCUUUCCUUCAUCAUGUUGCAGUUAUCCACCUUGAUAUCUCUUCUGGAAAUGUACUUUUAGAUGCAGACUUAAAGCCAUUGGUUGGGGAGAUAGAAAUAUCAAAGCUCUUAGAUCCAUCCAAAGGUACUGCAAGUAUCAGUGCUGUGGCCGGCUCCUUUGGGUAUAUUCCCCCAGAAUAUGCAUAUACAAUGCAAGUCACUGCACCAGGAAAUGUCUAUAGUUAUGGGGUUGUGCUGCUUGAGAUCCUCACCACUCGAUUACCAGUUGAUGAGGAUUUUGGUGAGGGAGUAGACUUGGUGAAAUGGGUUCAUGGUGCUCCAGCAAGAGGUGAAACCCCUGAGCAGAUACUUGAUGCAAGGCUUAGCACUGUUUCCUUUGGUUGGCGGAGAGAAAUGCUUGCAGCUUUGAAGGUGGCGUUACUCUGCACUGACAGCACACCUGCCAAGCGACCGAAAAUGAAGAAGGUAGUGGAAAUGCUUCAAGAGAUAAGGCAAAACUGAACAACAAUUAUUAUCUGGGAUCUCUGCAUUCUGAACCAUAUAGUUAGGUUCUGUUGGACGGGAAAUCCAUAUGGGGGCUUGGAUUUUCAUGUUCCACUCCAUUUUGAGAAAUUGUCUUAAAUAUUGGAGAGUGUUCUUGGAUUAAAGGUCUGCAUGGUUUGGGUUGGAAUCCUUAAUCAGUAAAAACAUUUUGUAAUCUAAGUCAGAAGCAGACUGGAUGGUUGGUAAUUGCGAGGAGGGGCUCAAUCCGAAAGAAUACCGUGUCAUACUGCAUAAGAUGCCUACAAUUGUAAUAUCAAAGUUUUUGAUUUUCAAACUUCUGUUAGAUAUGGUUUUCUUCUUUAAUGAAGUUUCGAUCGUACACUAAAAUAAUCAAAUCUAAUUUCCCCUUAA